GGCCGAUUUCCUUUACUUCAGUGUUUUUGAAAUACUGUAUAAUUGUGUAACGGAUGCCCUCUGCUGACUUUCCUUUUUCUCGUCCUUGAGACUUUGGCUUCGAAGAUGUAAAUGAUGGUUCCAUAUGCAUCCUCGCCUUUUCCUAAUACGAAGAUUUAAACCCACAGCUACCCACAUCCUUUCUCAAAAGCUUACACACUAACAGCACAGACAUAACAUGACACCAACAGGAUCUCCACACAAUCGUGCCAGUUUUUACACUCAUACGCACAUGCCUUUUAGCUACAUGUAAGUCAUAAAGCAGCCGCAUCACAAAUAAAGCAAACUGGAGCCCUGUAGUUUCACCUCUCCCUGAUCCCAUCCAGCCCAACUUGAACCCUUAGCACUGGUAUCAGUCAGCUUUAUGCUGCAGACAAAAAUACCCAAGAUAAUCAACUUAAAGAAGGAGAUUUCCUUUCAGUCCGUGAACACCAGGCCGCAUUGCUUUGGACCCACGGUUGCUGUUCCAAAAUUUGACAAGGUGCCUUGGCUUAGUGAAGCCAGCCUCACAAACAAGCCACUAGUGCUCAGUCUCCCAAAAAGAUUUCACUCCUCUGCUGAUUUUCUGACUUCAUCAAAGAGGUACAUGAAUUCACCUAUUUUGUUUCAAGUUCCAGAUGUCUCAUCGAAGGCUGAGAGGAACCAGAUGGGCCCUGAAUUGCUCAGAAACAAGUGGCUGUGCUCUGCAUGCAGAGAAGUACAAGUGGUACAACCAAGAACUAUGACAACCCCAGAUGAUCUGAAACUGUCCUUUAAGAAUUUUAUGGAUCACAGAAUGACAAAUCUUCAUCAACCCAAAGCCCAGGCUGCACAUAAACCUUCCCAUGAUGACAUCCUAACAGAGAAUACUCACUACAGACUGCCUAUUAUGGGUCCCAGGACAGUGGUCUUCCAUGGACUUCUGUCAGAUGCCUACAAAACUCUUCAGGACACUCAAACCUCUUCCUUGCCUAGAAAGAAACCAAAGCGCAAGACAAUAAAGCAUUAAGGGGUUGGAGCUUCCCAUCUCUUGACACUGGUGUCUCCUCAUCAUUUCCUCCUAGCUCCAAAAAGAUCACUCAGUUUGCUUUCCUAAGAGUUUCUGGGUUUUUUUGUUUUGUUUUGUUUUUUUAGUUCUUGUCACUUUCUCACUCAUUUCUCCUAAAGACGAAAGAUAAUUUACAUGAUUAUAAGGAUCUAUUGGUUAAAAUGAAACAUGGUGAGUUAUCUCUCAUUUUAUUUUCUUAAAUAUUUUUAUCCAUAUUAUAAUAAAUUUGACAUCCCUCUGUUUCUGAGACAUGCAUUU